GCGCUGAACAUCCGAUUGGCGACGCUGGGUGAGGUGCACCCGGACACGGCCACCACCUACAACAACAUGGCCCUUGUAUACGACUACCAAGGCCAGUACGAGCAGGCGCUCGAGUGCCACAGCAAGGCAUUGCGGAUCGUAUUUGCGACGGUGGGCAAGGCGCACCCCGCCACGGCGAGCAUCUACAACAACAUGGCCAAUGUCUACGCCAAGCAGGGCCAGUACAUGCAGACGCUCGAGUAUCACGACAAGGCGUUGAAGAUCCGAUUGGUAACGGUGGGUGAGGCACACCCGCACGCGGCCACCACCUACAACAACAUAGCCGUUAUCUACGACAUCCAGGGCCAGUACGAGCAAGCGCUCGAGUACUACGGCAAGGCGUUGACGAUCCGAUCGGUAAAGGUAGGUGAGGCGCACCCGGACACGGCCAGCACCUACAACAACAUGGCCGUCACCUACAAAAACCAGGGCCAGUACGAGCAAGCGCUCGAGUACUACGGCAAGGCGUUGACGAUCUUCUUAGCGACGCUGGGCGAGGCGCACUCGGACACGGCCACCACCUACGCUGGCAUGGCCAGUGUCUACAAAAGCCAGGGCGAGUAUAAACAGGCACACGAGUACAACGGCAAGGCGUUGAAGAUCGUAUUGGCGACGCUAGGCGAGGCGCAUCCGCACACGGCCAGCAUCUACAACAACAUGGCCAACAUCUACGCCGAGCAGGACCAGUACGAUCAGGCGCUCGAGUACCACAGCAAGGCGUUGAAGAUCCGAUUGACGACGCUGGGGGAGGCGCACCCGGACACUCGCCAUGUUCAAGCGGCUGUUCGGCGGUUAAAGGCAGCCCGAUAA